AUGGCGGUUCCAUUCGGUUUCAGUUUCAACGAGGUCAUCAAUGGAGUCGGAAUUCUGAGAAAUGCAUUCACAGCAAUCAGCGAGUCUGGAAAAGCAAACCCGGUUUUUGGAGAUGUCGCACAAGUUCUAUCAAGUCUUCACCAGCGCCUUGACGGCACCGAAAGAUUUCUGAGUGAUCCAUCUUUUGGAGCUCAGCGCGGUUUGAUGAUGCAGGUCAUUAGUUCGUGUCAGUAUUGCAUAGAAAGAUUUGUGCACCAGGGCUGCAGGUUGAACGGCAUCACCACCAAGGGCUCUUUAUGGUCCCGCGAAGAAUUCUCCAAAAUCAUCGAAAAAGUCGAUUGGCUAACUUGCAGGAAAUGGGAUGUGUCACAAUUCAGGAAAGAGGUCUCAAUCCAUGAACAUGCUGUUUCGAGUCUGCAAUCAACGAUGCUUAGUACUCGUGACAUGGAGAAGGGACAACUCACUCGCCAAAUCAACGAGAUCGUUACCACCCAGCACAGAAUGGUACGAAGUGUUGGCAAAGCUCCUCCACGUGAUGCUUCAACCAGCAAUGAGGUCUUGAAUGCACUCACGGUCAUCAAUCCUCAAAUCGGCAGAAGGGAGAUUGAAGCACGUACUGAUCGUCUUUUGAGUAAAUCAUGUGACUGGAUCUCUAACAACAAGAGUUACAAGUCCAUGAUCGAAAGCGACCAGUCUGAUCUACUUUGGAUUCAUGGACAAGCAGGAAAGGGUAAAACCAUGCUUUCAAUGCAUCUCGUCGACGUCCUUACCAAGCAGGUCGCGCAAACCCCGUGUGAUCAAAUUGCAUACUUCUUCUGCGACAAUAACAUGAUUCAGAGAAAUUCGACAUUACAUGCGCUCAAGACCGUCCUCCACCAGAUUUUGAAGCAAAGUUCCCCGAACGUAUUACUGGAGGAUUUUAAACGUCACGGACCUCAAAUGUUUUCCACCAUCGAGGGAGUUUGGACUGCUUUGAUACGUGUGCUUGAAGCAUCCAUGGCACGAAAUCUUUACCUGAUCAUUGACGGUCUCGAUGAAUGUACCGAUGAAUCUUUGGACAUCUUCCUCAAGCUCGCCAGUACACAUAUUUCAUCCAAUGUAGAUGGUCUCUGCAAUGUGAAAUGGAUCUUCACGAGUCGAAAAGAAACGAGAAUCGAAGAAUACUUGAAUUUAUCUUGGGUAGUGGAUUUGGAAGAAAUCGCCACCGAAGUCAGCAAAGCCGUCGACGCAUUCAUCACUCACAAAGUUGCUAGUUUGGCUACAAAGAAGAGACUCGAUGCGCCAUUGAAACAAUUUGUGACUGAUAAGUUAAGGGAGAAAGCUCAGGGCAAUUUCCUUUUCAUUUCGCUUGCAUGCAAAGAACUCUUGAAAAAGAACGUCUCAUUCAUCAACAUCAAGCUUGUACUUGGCAAAUUCCCCUCUGGACUCGAUGCAUUGUAUGCGAGAAUUCUCGAGGGAGCUUUGAAGUUGAGCGAAGAAGAUCAACAACAAGCCUUUUCAGUUCUUCGUGCUGUGGGGAUCGCCUUCAGACCUCUGAGCCUUCGUGAACUUGCCGUCAUGGCAGCUUUCCCCGCAGCAGCUAUCGAUGAUGAAGAUAUCGUGUUGGACGCUGUCGAAUUAUGUGGAUCAUUCUUGUCAUUACAUCGCGACCAUCCAUACUUUGUACAUCGAUCCGCAAAGGAAUAUCUCCUCAACCACGAGACCGCCGGUAUAUUUUCCUCGGACCUGGAGUUCGAACACGAGAAAGCCGCUUUCAGAGCCCUCAAAUACACAACAAGAGACUGGAAAUACUAUCUGGAAAGUCUGGAAGAUGUUCCACUUUCUUCAUUGCAAGAUCAACCCUCCUCGGAAGACAGUCUUCAAUAUCCCCUCAUCUACUGGAUCAAUCACAGUAACAUAGCCGGAUCUCGAAUGAUGAAAUCUUACGCCCUCGACCGCCAUUUUUUCCGUCGCAAUUGCGAUCUACGCCGCACCUGGCUCCUAUACUUCAAAAAGCAUCGCCACAUGACCAAUUUCUCCGCCAUCCAAAAUGUUCAUUUCUCAGCCCUCCACAUUUCCGCCGUGUGCAACACCUGGUGGGUUGCGGAGAUUCUCCUCAAGAACAGUAGCACAUACAUCGACGUUGAAGAUUCAUUUGGACUCACUGCUCUUCAUUGGGCCGUCCAUUGCGGAAAUACUUCAGUCGCCAAGAUCCUGCUUCAAAAAGGCGCCGAUCCUAAUAACAAAGGCGGCGCAACCGAUUAUGAAAACGGUCCUCGAGAAGGCACGCCGCUAGGAUUAGCAAUCUCCUACAAUAACCUUGAAAUGUCCAAGCUACUUCUUGCUCACGGCGCAGACAUCGAUUGUCCGGAUCAUCAUUUCACCACGCCUCUCGUAUGGACUAUUCGCAAGAACCUACCGAAAUCCACCAAAUUCCUCUUGCAGAGAGGCGCGGAUCCCAUACUGAGAGAUGAGGAGGGAAAAACUCCGUUACAUGAUGCGUGUGCGAGGGGUCACGAAAAUAUUGCCAAGAUCUUGUUGAACCAUGGGGCGGCGCCCGAUGCGAAAGAUGAUAGCGAUGUUAGUCCGGCGGGGGUGGCGUGGAAUGGUGGUCAUAAGGGGUGUAUUAAGUUGUUGGAUUCGUAUGGGGUUAAGACGCCGGAGGCGGAAAUGGAGGAGGGGAGUAAGUGGGGGAAGGAGGGAGAUUUGUUGGCUGCGUAG